GUGGGCCUCUUGUUCUUCUACCGCCACCACAACAACUACUACUUUUACUGAUAGAGUCUCUGCUUGUGCUACAACUAAUUUAAAACAAACUAACCCCAAAACAUGUGGGAAUCAGUCAGGCACCUCUAUAGACAACCCUCACUCUGAGCUGUACGUAGGACCCCGGUAUCAGCUGUUAUCAAGUGAGCUCCGUCGACUGAUGUGAUCGGCUCUUGCAGUAUAGCCCCAAGCCCCAACACGACUUUCGCGUUUGCCAUGGCGACCCGUCGGGCACUGAAGGCUGUUCUCAUUGACCUGAGUGGCACACUCCACGUAGAGGAUGCUGCUGUCCCAGGAGCACAGGAGGCUUUGGCAAGGUUAAGGAGUGCCCCUGUUGCGGUGAAAUUUGUCACCAACACAACCAAAGAAUGCAAGCGGAACUUGCUGGAAAGACUCCGCAAAUUGAACUUUGACAUCCAAGAGCAGGAGAUCUUCACCUCUCUGACGGCUGCUCGCAACCUGCUGGAGCAGAGGAAAGUGCGCCCCCUGCUGCUUGUAGAGGACAGUGCCCUGGAGGAUUUUUCAGGUAUAGAUACGUCGGAGCCCAAUGCUGUAGUGAUUGGACUGUCUCCAGAGCACUUUAACUAUCAGAUGCUCAACAAGGCCUUUCGUCUAAUGCUGGAUGGGGCGCCCCUGAUAGCCAUCCACAAAGCACGCUACUACAAGCGCAAGGACGGGCUGGCCCUGGGCCCCGGGCCCUUCGUAACGGGGCUGGAGUACGCCACGGACACCAAGGCCACUGUGGUGGGCAAGCCGGAGAGGACCUUCUUCCUGGAGGCCCUGCGAGACCUGGGCUGCUCCCCAGACGAAGCCGUCAUGAUCGGAGACGAUGCAAGAGACGACGUAGGAGGAGCUCAGAAUGCCGGCAUGCAAGGAAUACUUGUUCGGACUGGUAAAUACAGAGUUGGAGAUGAAGGGAAGAUCAGCCCGCCACCAUAUUUGACCUGUGAGAGUUUCCCACAGGCCGUAGACCACAUCCUGCACACACUCCUGAAGUCUGAUUGAUGUGUGCUCAUAGUGGACAAACCAGCAAGGUAAACAGCAACUGGUCAGGGAAUCGGACUUGUGACUAAAGAGUGGCUGGUUCGAUUCCUGACCGGUAGGAAAAAUGUGGGUGAGGAUUGAUUGCCCAGCACUCUCCUAUAUCUUCAUCCAGAGAUGAGGUUCUCUUAAGGAAGGCACCUAGUCCCCAACUGUUCACUGGCCGCCGGAUCAAGAGCUUCCUUCUACUCUGGGUGUGUACAUAUGUGAACUGUUAGGCAGGGAUCACAUUGGAAAUAACAAAGCGGUAGCAGUGAGCGUAACACACCGGACCAUAUCAAGACCAUAAAAAGUUCUAUCUUGUUCCUUACUCUGAAUAAAAUGUCUCUGUGGAGAGAUUUGGAGAGAUUUCUCUUGAGAGAUUUGUGAGACACCUUCAUCACACAAUGUCAGUACUGUGUACAUGUGAUCAUCUAAAAUAAAUCAUAAACUGCAGCUGGCAUUCAUUCACAACAACUUCUCCACAGAUGUGCUGUCAUUUGUGUCAAUGUUGGAUUCUGUGUGUUUAGAAAGGUAUUUUUUUACAUUGCAUUCUAAUACACUGACAAAAGUGAAGAAAUAAAAAAUAUUUUACUUAUUAUUUAUGCAUCAUAUUUUUCCAGAGUUUGCUUGCAUCAGAAAAAACAAAGUGACCUUGCCUAACAUAAAUGUGACGAAUACUGUGUCAGUCUUUGAAAUGUGAGUCUGAUUGUGAACUAUAAUAAAGUCCUGAGACCCAG